CCUGCCAAUCAGUAGGGCAGAGGGCGCAAGAUGGCGGCGUCCGCGGUGACCGGGGCGAUGUUGCGGGUCGCGCUGAACGGCUCUUUCAGGCGCGGAGGCGGCAGCGGCCCGUCGCUGCUGCGGCUGCUGCAGGUCUGCCGCAGAACCCACGCGGCAGUGGCACCUGCCGCAGCGGCCUCGGCACGUAUCAAGAAGUUUGCGGUGUAUCGGUGGAACCCAGACAACCCCGGAGAGAAACCACGCAUGCAGACGUAUGAAAUAGACCUGAACAAAUGUGGGCCGAUGGUUCUUGAUGCCCUGAUCAAGAUUAAGAAUGAAAUGGACUCCACACUGACCUUCCGCAGGUCCUGCAGAGAAGGCAUCUGUGGCUCUUGUGCCAUGAACGUCGGUGGGGGGAACACUCUGGCCUGCACCACGAGGAUCGACACCGACCUCAGCAAGGUCUCCAAGAUCUACCCUCUCCCCCACAUGUAUGUGGUGAAGGACCUGGUUCCCGACUUGAGCAACUUCUAUGCCCAGUACAAAGCGAUUCAGCCUUACCUGAGGAAGAAGGAUGAGAGCAGCCAAGGCAAAGAGCAAUACCUCCAGUCCAUCGAAGACCGGGAGAAGCUGGACGGGCUGUACGAGUGCAUCCUCUGUGCCUGCUGCAGCACCAGCUGCCCCAGCUACUGGUGGAACGGGGACAAGUACCUUGGCCCGGCCGUGCUCAUGCAGGCCUAUCGCUGGAUGAUCGACUCCAGGGACGACUACACGGAGGAGCGGCUGGCCCAGCUGCAGGACCCCUUCUCUCUCUACCGCUGCCACACUAUCAUGAACUGCACAAAGACCUGCCCCAAGGGGCUGAACCCCGGGAAAGCGAUUGCCGAGAUCAAGAAGAUGAUGGCCACCUACAAAGAGACGGCCGCCAGGGCUUGAACGCCCUGGGGCCCCGCCUCACACUUGCGCACACCCCACCUCUCGCCGGGAGCUUCUUAUCUGUGGUUUGUCGGCGGGCUACCGUGCCCGGCCGUGUUUGUGUGGUUUUCUCUGUAGGCAAAAACCUUGAAAGCCACAAGGACUAAUAAAGCGCUACUUCAUCAGCCGA